GGGGGAAACGGCACCGCCCUCACUGAGCCGCGCGUCAGCACCGAGAAGCCGCGUGACGUCCUAGAGCGGCGCCGGAAGAAGCGGGACCAGGGUGGGGCGGAACACGGCGUAGCACCACCGAGAGUCCGUGCGACGGCCUAGAGCAGCACCGGAAGGGGCGUGUCGGCGGGAGAGCGGAGGGCGCGUCUUCCUGCGGGCUCCUCACGCUGGUGCGGUGGGAGAGGCGGGCCGGGUCCGGGCGGCGGUGCUCUCUGGCCGCCCGCCCCCAGCUGGGCUCGGCGGGGCGUCUGCUCCUCUGGGCGGAGGCGCUCGCCACCCUUGGGCUCCACCAGGUAUCUCCUGCAUUCGCGCGCGGCGGAACGGGCAGCAGGAAGGCCGGGCUCGCGCUCGGGCGCUGGCGUCGGAGGGCCAGCUGCGGAGGCCUGCGGCAGGCUUGAGGGUCCGGCUGGCCAGGUGGGAGCCCGUCCAUCCAGGGCUCUCCAGCCCGCGAAGGGGCCAGUCUCCGUGGUUCCAGGUUCCCCAAGGCAGGGCCGGGGGGACAGGCUUCCAGAGAGGACCUCCUGCUGCUGGGUGCUCAGAGCUUGGAGAAGCCUCAUCAGAGAGGUAAAAGAGCCACCCCGAAGUUGCACAGCAGGCCAGGGAGCAGCAGCAAGGCUGAUGUGGACUGAGUGGAUAACUGCUUGUGUCCACAGGCCGGUAAAGUGAGAGAUUCCGUUUUUAAUGGUUAUUUUAUGUCAUGUCAUAGGGAGCCACUUCAGAAAAUUCAAAUCCACCAGAACUUUACUUACCUGGCCAGGGACUGUCACCCACCCGUAGAGACUGAAGCUCUGUGGGAGAACAGAAUUUCCUGGCCUGUGUCUUGGGAAUUUAAGGAUGAAAAACACAGCUCAGGGGCUUUUCUCAGCAUCAUACAAGCAAGCCAAUCAUAGAUGCUAAGACAGUAGUUACCUGCGAGCCCUAAGCAGGACUGGAAUUUUCCAGUUAGCAAGCAAGCAAGUUAGAGAAGCUAAGAAGCAGCUUGCAACUCAGUUAACUGCAUCUUGGGUCUGAGCAGGUGUUAGACAACCAUAUUCUGAGUCGGAGCAGGUGGUUAAUGGGGGCAAGAAUCUACUUCAAAGUCUUGGGUCACCAAGACCACCGUGUCCUGGGUUGAGUACAUUUUGUGGGGUAUAAAAUACAGAAAAAAGUAUAUUAUGAGAAAACAGCUUUCAUUUCAGUUUUUCAGAAACAGCUCUUGUAACAGUUUUUUAAUAGAAGGUAGUAAAAUGGAGGCCUAGGCCUAUGACAGUUCUUGCUUUAUAAUGGUCUUUUCUCAAUUCUAAAAAUCUUGUGUCCACCAUCUAUAUUUUUAACUAAUCUAUAACCUAUAACUUACACUUUUAUUGAUUGUAUUUAUCAGUUCACACUAGUCAGUGUGGACACAGGUAGAGAAGUGAGCAAACCUAGUCCCUGCCUUCAUGCCUGCCCCUGGAGGGCCAAGGACACCAUCAUAAAAAGUAUUCUGAGCAUGUCAGUGACAGGGACUGGGGACAGAGACACAGCCCUACCCUCAAAACCCCUGCCUCCUAAGGAGGCUUGCACACCAUGAUGAGCCACCUGAGAAGGGAACACUGCUGUGGAGCUCAGGACUUCACACUUGUCCUAGAGAGUAGUCUCCUGUGGGGCACACGGUGUGUUCUAACAGUUCCUGGGUCACCCGCUUCCUACUAGUACCUGGCCUCAAAGUGCCCGAGGGCUUGGAGCCUCUGAGAGCACCCCUGCUCUUCCUAGAAGAGUGGUGCCGCAUUCCCAAAGCCUCCGCCAGCACAUAGGACUGCUUCACCUACAGCUCCAUCUCCCACCAGACCUGAACCGUCUUCUCCCAGAAGUCGUCUCCAGGCAGAGCCCACAGAAAGGGGUGUUGGCCUGUAGCUGAAUCAUCUAAACGUUUCAUUUGGGAAACUGCACUCUCAAACUCCUUGUGAGGUAGAACUCUGGUCACUUGGGGCCACUUCCCCUCAUGGAGGGAAGGCCAAACAUCCCUUCCCGACUUAGCAAAGAGAAUUCAAAGGAUUUAUAUUAAAAUAUUUCACUUAGAUGUGUGUUUCCCUUCCGUUUCCUGUUCACACUAGACCCCAGCUUCAGACUCCAGCCUGGUUGACCCGUACAAAUAGGUGGAAUAUUGUUACAUGGAGCACCACAUUUUGAGGUAAGAGAAUGUCCUAGUGGGCGAGAGUGACCAUCCUGGGACUCUGACACUUUGCCAAGAACACUGUCUGCGAGAGUGGUUCCAGGAGCCAGGUAGUCCACCCUCCUUGGAGCUGCAAGCAGAAGGGUGCUCCCCGUAUCUUAUGGGGCUAUCUUUUACCAGCAUCUGAACGGGCCUGAUGUUUUUCAGGGUGUUGUGCUGGAAUCCAUCAGUUAGUACUUAGAGGCAAAACAAUACACAGAAGAAAUGGAACAGGAUUUUUUUUUUUAAGGGAUUGAACCCAAGAGCAGGAUUCUUAACAAAUGAAAAGGUGCAGCUGACUCUUAAGAGACCUGGACCUUGCCUGUUACUCCUCUGGCUCUGGUUGACUAACUCUCGUGUGAACUGGUGCUGAGGUUGGGAUUCUGUCACGCGGACUUGUGGAUGGGAAUUCAGGUCUUCUCCCCGAGCGGUCCUUGCAAGAGGCUGACAUUUCUAUAGGACAGUGUCCGGACCAUGCAAGCACAGGCCUACUUGGUAGUUAGCUGCAGCUUUGGCCCCAAGUCUGAAUGAGAAAAGCCAGUUGCUCAGGCAAGACGGCCGUGGGGGAGUCACCAGAGCAGUACCACGGCUGCCACCCCUCCUAAGAGGCCCAGUGGACGGCGGCAGAGAUCAGACAGUGUGCUCCGGAAGUGAUAUCGUUCAAUUUUUUAGACUUUCAGCACAGUUUACGACGUACUUCCAUGUCCAGGAGCUUUUCCAAAGCCCUGGAAGAAACUGUAUAAACUAGAAACAUUAUACAUUUGGUUAAAGACGAGAGUGAUUUGAGGGAAAAGGUGUGUGGGACUCUUGAGAAGGAGCCACUGAAGGCGAAGGGCCCUCCUUGUGCAGACCUCCAGGGGCAGGAAGGAUGGUGGGUGCUUGGGACACUAGAGCCAGCUGGUAAGAGGAGGGAGACGUGAGGGCCGGGGUGCGGAAGCCUUGGUAGUACAAGUGGAAGCCUUUGGGGAUUUGAGCGGGGAUAGGUGUGCGAUUUGCUGGCUGCUGUGGGCCAAGGGGGUAACCCACGUUUCACCCAGCUCAGCACUAAGAUGUGGGUGAUGGAGGCACCCCUCAGAAGCCCCUAUUCCAGAGCAUGCCCACUGAUCCCAGUGUGAAAGGGACAGUUAGGGAAGUGGAGAAAAGAAAGCCACGUGGUGGCCAUUCAUUCCUGGUGCACACAGAACCCUGCUGGACACUUGAAAUCCCUGCCCCAGCAAGAGGAGGGAGCCGGGGACGGGUGAGAUGAGGUGGGAGCUCGUAGCACCAAAAGCACCUUGAUCUGCUAUUCAGUCUUGCCCUUUCAGCCACAGAGCAGCCAGCGGUGCUGUCUUCCCCGCACAGAGCCUCAGCCACGCGCAGCGGGAAGCUGCCUCGAGGGGCGUGGUGUCAGGAGGAGGAGCUGGGAGCCCUCAGCUUCCAGGGUGCCUUCUCCCAGGAUCAGCAUGGAGAAGCCUGCAGGCAGGAAAAGGAGAACCCAGGCCCCAGAGGCAGAGGCAGAUGUGCAGAAGGCCACUCUGAAAGGAGAGAAAGCAUCUGGUGGCAAGAGACCCGCAGCACCCAGAGAGCACCACAAGGAGCCAAGUCUGAGCCCUGAAGACGAGGCACAGCUCUUUGAUGCCUUCGACGCCUCGUUUAAAGAUGACUUUGAGGGUGUCCCUGUGUUCAUUCCUUUUCAGAGAAGGAAACCCUAUGAAUGCAGUGAGUGCGGACGAAUCUUUAAGCACAAGACGGAUCACAUUCGCCAUCAGAGAGUUCACACUGGGGAGAAGCCCUUUAAGUGUGAUCAGUGUGGGAAAACGUUCCGGCACAGCUCUGACGUCACCAAACAUCAGAGGAUCCACACUGGGGAGAAGCCGUUUAAGUGUGGGGAGUGUGGGAAAGCCUUCAACUGUGGCUCCAACCUCCUGAAACACCAGAAAACCCAUACCGGAGAGAAGCCAUAUGAAUGCCAAGAGUGUGGGAAAGCCUUUGCCUACAGCUCCUGUCUUAUCCGGCACCGGAAACGCCACCCACGGAAGAAGCAUUGAGUGGGGGUGGCCUUCAGGUCACAGAGUUCCUGCUGGGGCACCAGGGCUCCCUCAUGCAGCAUCCGGUGAGGCCUGGGCCCUGUGCUGUGUGCUGUGCGUGCCUCUGGCUACCAUCCCUGUCGUCACCAGAAGAAUCCACCCAUCAGUGUGAGUUGGCAAGAGGCCUUUCUGCAUCAAGCUACAGUGGUGGCACGGAAGCUGCUCGAGGCUCCUUGCAGCCACAGCCAUUUUCCAUGCUGCUCUAUGCUGCUCAGUGCUCAACACAGAACAAACCAGCCUGUCACCUGCCAUCCAUGGGACACCUGAGGACACCCCUGGGUUCAGUCCCCAGUAGGAGUGGCAUUCGUAGUUGGUGAAGGCUGAUGGCUCCUGAGUGGCCCUGCCUAUAGUGUCCACUCCACUCUGGUCCUGUUACUAACACCUUGAAGACUCCAUCUGUGGAUGCUCAGCCCCUUGGAUCCCUGAGUUUAGUCCCAGGAACUGAGCAGGCACCUGGGACCCCAAGCUGGAUAGCACUGGUCUGUGACCAGCUCUGGCUUCUUUACUAGGGUACCAGGCCCCAAGUUCAGCCCCGUCCCUGGAACUGAGCCGCACCUGUGCUCUCCCACCCAGCCGCCACCCCAGAUGGACAACCUGACUUACCCAGACCGACCCGUCAGACAUGGGCUCCUCGGCUCCUGAGUGCUGCCGCCUUGGGAGAUUCCUGCCCUGGCCGUGUGCUAGGCCCCCAGGGUGCUACCUGCAGCUUCCAUCCACUUGACCUUCAGACAUGGUGGUGGCCCUGCCCCCUUGGUGGCCUCCACUCAGGACCUGUAGGUGGUGUCCCAGGUGCAGAGUUCCAUGUUGCUGAGCACCUGCCCCUGGUCCGGGCCUUGAAGACACUGCAGCAGUGUGGACAGAGGGCUGCCCUGGCCACCAGCAGCUGACAGGCCGCUGGAGAGGACCGUCCCAGCAAGGUGUCCUGAGGAAAGGACCCUGGAACCAACAGGCAAGACCCCGUGUUCCUGCAUUCAGAGGGGAGUAGAGAGGACCAGUGUCCACAUGCAGCUCCUCUGGCCAUCCAGGCUGAGGCUUGUACAAUAGAGAGGGCCUCUGGGGACAUGUAGGAAGAAAGCCAGGCGGCGGGUAGGGACGAGCAGAGAGGCCCUGUCGACACAGCCGCUCCGCAGGGCUCUUGGUGCCCAUACUGCACACCGCUCAGCCACAUCAGGCAGCUGCCCACCAGGGACAGUCCUUGCUCGCUGUCAGCUGCCAGCCAUUGCGGGGGCGCUCUUCAUACCAACUCCAUGCUCAGAACCCUCUGGACACCUGAGAAAAGUCCUGAGAGAAACGGGACAGUCCUUGAGCCAUGUGACAGGGCUCCCUCACAGGAAAACGAUCGACAAAAGCCAGGAGCUGGAGGAGCCCACCUAGGCAGUGCCACUAUAACCAUCACGUCCAGCAGGCAGCACCCAUGCCAGGCCCUGUGGGGAAGCAUGGCCUGCAGGUUGCAGCUAGGCCUUGCCCACAGAGAGGCUCUGCCAGGGACCCAACAUCACGAAUCCAGACCCGGUGUUCUGGUAGCUGCUUUUCUCUCCCUGAAGCCUUCUCUGGCACACAGGUGGGCAGGCUGGCCAGCAGCAUGGCCUUGGCCUGUCUGCCUGCAUUUUCUGACUCCCAGUUAUACCUGGGCACCAUUCCCUGUAUCUCAGAUCUGUCCCAGUUUGGGCACAAGAUAAACUCAUUUCCUUCCUGUGCCAGUGAGCUCAGACACCAAGACACUGUGGAGGAAGGCAGGACUGCGGGUGUGGGGAGAGCCAGGUGCUCGGGAGCAUGGGGUAGGCUCCAGGUGAGGAGCUGGGCCCACACACUGCCGCUGUCUGCAGACAGCAGAUGGCUCUGGGCCUGUGUUUGCCAGAGCCUCAUACCUAGAACUUGGCCCCUGCCUCCUCCUGGUGUCCUCCUCCUGAACACCAGGUACGUGUUCAGCUCAUGGAGGACAGGCAGGCCGUCCUCAUCUUGGCUGCACCCCAGGACUUGUGCUUGUCUGUGGUGCAGCUCCAGCUGAUGCCAAAGUGGCACAGGGAGAACCUCUGGGACCAGCAAGGGUCCCUGGGCUUCUGUAAGCAGCACCCAUGCCAGGCCCUGUGCAGCCUCACCUCAGCCACCUGUGGGCUCAUCUGAGUGUUUGCACCUCUUUGUUUUCCUGCAUGUGGGACUCCUGGUGCAGCUGGAGGCAAGUAUCAUAGGACUCUUCUGUUCUGUCGGGGGCAACACCCUGUGCACCUUAGUGACCCAUGUACUGCUGUUAACAGUCAUGUUCUGGCCUCUUGUGCUGUGGCAGAUACUCUCCCUAGUCCAAUUUUUCCCACUAUAAUUUGUAUUGUCCAAAAAUUUAACUCUCCAGCUA